GCCGGGGCGGAAGCGCGGCGGGGCGGGGCCCUGUGGGCGGCCGCGGGACACCCGGUUGGCCCUGCCCGGCCCGGCCCGGCCCUGCCCUGCCCUGCCCUGCCGGUAAUCGCCGUCGCCUCCCGCCGGUGCCCGGCAUCAUGAGCGGGAGCGACGAGCCCAACCUCCUCAGCCCGCCGCCCGCUGAGGGCGAGCGGCCCCUCAGCCCCUGCGAAGGCUCGCCGCUCUCCCUCGCGUCCCGCUCCGGCUGCCCGGGCUGUGAGGAAGGGCAGCGGGCGGCGGCCUCUCGGAGCCCGCCAUGCCAUAGGAGGUCUGAAUGCUCUGAAAUAGCAGGGGGAAGAAAAGUGUCACUUUUGAAAGAUGACCUUUCACCAUGGGAAGAAUGGUACAUUAGCAAAGAGAAGGAGUUGCGUGCCCGCUUACAAGCUAGAGCUGCAGAGGAAAUGAAUAAACAGCUUGAGAAAAUGAAGGAAAAUCAAGAAUAUGAAAGAAGAAAAAGGAUAGCUGAAGAGAAACACAAGGAAUGGGUCCAAAAAAAAAGAGAAGAGGAAAGAAGAGAAAGGAAACGAAAGUUGAGCAAAGAAAUGGUGGAAAAGGCUACAAGGGAACUAGAAAAAAUACAGUUACAAGAAAAGGCUGACAUAAAAUAUAAAGAGUGGUUAAAGAAGAAGAGAGCUGAAGAGGCAGAAAAGAAGAAAAAAGAGAAGGAAAAAGAAAAAGAACAGGAGGCUGAGCUACAGGAGAAGAGAACAAGAUCAGAGAAAAUCUUUAAGGAAUGGCUGCGAAAUGCUAGAAAUAAACCACAACCUGCUUUAAAUGGUUAUGGUUUCCCACAUGGGAAGUCUACAGGAAGUGAUAGAAAUUUGUAUCCAGCUCCAGCAUAUUGUAAUCCCAUUCCUUGGAAACCAGUACAUGUGCCUCCCCCAAAGGAAGACAGUGUUCUUACCAUGAAGAAGAGUAAGAGACCUGUAUCCUGUCAGCCACAUGCAUCUUUACCAAUGGUGAUUUCUAAGCACAAAAGUAACCCUUGUGUUGGAUCCCUGUGCAGAAAGAAGUUAUAGUCCAGAAUAAAUGUUCUUACAAUCUUGAGCAAACUGGGCCAUAAAUGUGAAGUUCUGUGUAGUUAUAGGUCCAAAGCAAAUUGCUUUGUGCCCUUUUUUCCCCCAUUUUUGUGAGCAAGUUUUGUGUUUACUGCUAGUUGACCAAUUGGGCUUUUUAUGUUUUUUCUAUAUUGCAUUUUAAUUAAAAAAAAAAAAAAAGGGAAAGAUAGAUUGUAAUGGGACUGUACCUCAAUACCAAUAAAAUACACAAAAUUGUUUCUUC